AGUUCAUCUUAAAACAUCUUUCUCAAGUAAAAUAACGUUUCUCUGUGAGGUCACAUAGGCCCAUCGGUGCUGUAUGAAACAGAAAUAAACAAAUGAAUCAUAUUUGUCCACCCAAAUACUUAAAUAACACAACAACAGGAAGGACAAAAACACCGUCAAGGUAAAGUAAGAAUUUUAUUUUUAAAUAAGCGGCUGUUUGUGAUUAAUCAUGAGUUAACUAUGGACAUGAUUUAUAUCAUUAUUAAAUAUCCUAUGUGGCCUAUAGGCUAUGUACCUGAGAUUUCAUAUGAAAAAUUAGACUAACCUAUUUUCUAAUUAGGUAUUUGCUCCAUGUUGAUAUAUAUUUCAUACACAUUUACGGGCCAAGUGGAACAUCAGCUGCUGAUGGUAUAAUUUGAAGAGAAAAGUCCAUUAUGCUAACCUCCUGGGGGGCACCACGAAGACUUUGUGCUUAGGGCACCAAAAUAGCUAGCAACGGCCCUGGCUCCGCCCACAGGAAGGAACUCGGCUUCAAGUUUCAGCCAGCAGAGAGAGAGAGAGAAGGAUCAGCUGAAAGACAACUCCAUAGGACAUGAGGUCCAUCUUCCUCCUCCUCUUCCUCCUGACCGUGGCCGACGCUCAGCGGAGUUCAGAGUUCAGGAUCUGUGCCUUCAACCUUCAUCACUAUGGAGACUCCAAGUCCAGGAAGAGUGAUGUGAUGAUGACGCUCGCCAGGAUCAUCACCCGCUGUGAUGUUUGUUUACUUCAGGAGGUGAGAGACAGUAAAGGGACUGCCGUUCCACAGCUGCUUCAGACUAUUAAGAGGUACGACUCCACGUCUAGCUACCAGCAUGUGUCCAGUGAGCGACUGGGCCGGUCGGAGUCGUACCAGGAGCAGUACGUGUUUAUUUACAGGACUGAAACGGUGACGGUCACAGACCUCUAUCAGUACCCAGAUGAUCUAAAAGGAGACGAAGAUGCUUUCUCCAGGGACCCUUUUGUUGUUCGCUUCAAGGCCCCAAGGACAGUUAUAAAAGAAUUUGUCCUCAUCCCUCAACACACCACCCCAAGCAACACCACCAAAGAGCUGGAUGCUCUGUACGACGUUCUGCAGCGUGUGAAGAAGAUGUGGAGAACCGAGAACGUGAUGCUUCUGGGGGACUUCAACGCGGAUUGUGGCUACCUCGCCAAGAAGAACCGGAAGAACGUGCGACUGAUCACGGAUAAGAACCUCUACUGGCUGAUUCCAGACGACAGUGACACCACCGUCAAACUCUCCACUUCCUGCUCCUACGACAGGAUCGUCGUGAACGGAGAAACGUUCAACAGCGCAGUCGUUCCUUCAUCAGCUCAACCCUUCAACUUCCAGCAGGAAUACGGACUUACGGAAGAGCAGACACAAAACAUAAAACGAGUUAAGAAUGUGGCUAAACUCUCAGAUAAAUCCUCGUCUGUGCCGGUCUGAGGCGCUGCGCCGACCCGUGCUGUUGGUCUAAAACAGGAAGGAAAAGCAUCAUAAAACAUGGAUGUUUGCUUGUUUGUUCUCUGAGGCGCUGGACGUCAGCGACCACUACCCUGUGGAGGUUCUGCUGAAGGUCGUCCGUUCCAGAUCCUUUGCUGGAGGAGCUUCUAGGAGUUCCUCUGUAUGUGUCUUCGGCACGCUCCUCCUCCUCCUGCAGGUAUUCAUGUGAUCGAUAAACAGUCUGACCAUGAGCUGAUGGAAGUCCAGGUUCUCCGAGGAUCUUCUGGAGGAGCGAUGCAACUCACACACAUCUGUGUUGACAUUUACUGGAUGCAUGAGUGAACAUUAUUCAUGCAGCAACAGCUGAUUAAACCUGUUAUGUUCUCUGCAUGAAUCACGCAUGAAUGUGUUUUAUGCAACCAGGUUUCAUCUGAUUUGCCCAAAAGUCUCUUUUCUGGUCUUUUCGUGUUUAAAGCAGAAUUCCUCCUUUCUUGUAUUUUAUACAUUUAUUUUACGUCUCAUGAAGUUUUAAGAAUUAUUUUAAUAUAAACUUGUUUUUGUUCUUCCUCUUCUUUCUGUUUUAAAAUAAAACCAAUUGAUCGCUUAUUGGAAAUAUGUGUAAUUUUGAUUCUGGGAUGUUUUUUAAUGAUUACAUUUGUCCCAUUAGUUAAAUUUUAAUGUUGGCUUUGUGCUUCAAUAUGAAUAAAUAAAAUAAAAUAAUUUCUAUCUCCCCA